GUAAUUUUCAGGUGGUGGAAAAUCUCACUUAGGAAUGAAUUUCGUGAAUCAAGACCUGGAGAAAUUAAGGAAUCCCAGGAGGAUUUUUUGGGUGAUUCAUCUCUUCAUAUUCAGAUUGCGAUAGUGUUUGGUGCCAAAGUUCUGGAACAUGUCCUCAGUCUGUGCCGAGGUAAUUAUGACUUCCUGGAACGGCUUCCUGUGCCAUUGCUACUGUACAUCAUUUCCUUUCUGGAGCUUGAAGAUAUUGCCAGGCUUUCUCAAGUUUCACGCAGAUUUGAAAUG